UUUUUUUAGCAUGGACACAAACCACUUUAUGCCGUUUGUACAAGAUUAAUUAAAUGUCAGUUGAGUAUUGUGGCUGUGGCUUGUGCUAGUACAAAACACAAUCAGUUGACGUGUAUGCUGACUGUCAAAGUGUAUAUAACAAACAACAAAUCGACGAAAUGGACGGAUUUAUGAUGGAACCCACGUUAAAUAUAAUUAAAGGCAUGUGCAUUAUGGACAAUGACGGCAAUCGCAUAUUGGCGAAAUAUUACGAUAAAAAUGUGCUGGCCACCGUGAAAGAACAGAAAACAUUUGAAAAGAAUCUCUUUAGUAAAACACAUCGUUCCAAUACCGAAAUCAUAAUGCUUGAUGGACUAACGUGUGUGUACAAGAGCAAUGUGGAUCUAUUCUUUUAUGUGAUGGGCAGCGCCUACGAAAAUGAACUCAUACUCUUAUCAGUGCUGAAUUGUCUGUACGAUUCCAUAAGUUUAAUUUUAAAAAAAAAUGUGGAAAAACGUUUAGUGUUGGAUAAUCUGGAAAUUAUUAUGUUGGCAUUUGAUGAAAUCUGCGACGGCGGCAUUAUUUUGGAUGCUGAUGCAUCCUCUGUUGUUAAGAGAGUCGAUUUACGGAAUGAUGAUAUACCUAUUGCCGAACAGACUGUUGCGCAGGUUUUACAAUCAGCGCGCGAACAGCUUAAAUGGUCUAUACUUAAAUGAAAUAUUUCAAUUAUAUAAAAUAUAUUUUUUAUCAAACUUUUUUUAUUUUGCCAACUAAAUU